UUUUUUUUUUAAAUUUGGAUGCGUGGUACUGUAAAAGGUUUCAGUAUAAAGCAAAUCAACAGUCAUGGAAAAAAUGCUGUUUGCUCUGUUUAUGUGGCUCUGUACAGGCUUGGUGCUUUCUCUGGAAGAUUUUCCGAAAUGGGGUACACAGAAUGACAACAGAAUCGGGGAAAUUUUAUCGAGAGUAUCCAACGAACUGUUAAAGAAGGAACUUGCCAAAAAGGUCAGAAUUUUGGGAGAACCUCGACCAAACACAGAUGACUUGAUCUUGCUUCUUGGUAAUAUGGUGGAACAAAAGCCUAUGACUUUUUGUCGAAUUUUAUGGAAUACUGGCGAUGAUGAAAGCUUGGAUGAAUGUGUUGCGUUCCUCAUGCAGAUUAGAAACCAAAUGCUGGUGAAUAAAGAACAAAAAAGACAAGGUAGCUAUAGAUUUAACUCUAGUGGUUGGAAACGGAAAAAGCGCGAGGCUACUUCAAACAAGUUGUCCAAAGAGGAAAUUAUGAAUAUCAUUCAACAAAUUCUGAAGGUUAAAAAAAGGCGAAAAUUCCAGGCUAGUGGCUGGUGAUCCGAUGAAAAAAAAAACUGGAGCAAUGGUUUUGAUGGUUCUUUUUGAUAACGAGGUUUAUAUUUUCAUUUGUAAGUUCGAUUUAGAAAUGAAUAAUAGACUUGGAUAUCCUGUCGAUGUGAACUGAAAUUAUGAAAGGCAAACUUUUGGAUAACAUGGACAUUUUACCAACCAAAAUUCAGGCUUUCAUAUUUUUAAAAUAAAAACUGUUUUCAUAAACUUUUCAGACGAUUUUUUGAAUAAUUUCAAUUUGAUCCAUCAACUAUUUUUAAGACAAGAAUCAAUUGCUUUCUGUUUGUUCUGUAAAUUAAUGCACCAAAUUUUUGGAGAAGAGUUCUGCUUGUUUUGCUGCUUAUCUUGAUCAUGCAUUGAAAGAAAUCUUAUUUAAGAGGAUGAAAAUUAAAAUGCAAUUAUAUUUUCUUAAUAUUGCCUUUUUGUACAUGUUUGAAGAAUGUAAUUAAAAAAGGGAAAAAGAAAAUCUUAAAUUUCUUUAGAAAACAAUCUUUGACGCCCCCUUUUUGAAGAAAUAUCUACACCUAAGCCAGUGUAAUUAAGUUAUGGCAACUUUUACAAUUCGGACAUGUAAAACUCAUUAAAUAUGUAUUAACAAAAUCCCAGC